GGUUGCUGUCCGCUGUGUUGAGGACGUCAGAAGUCGAGUCCAGGGCCACCAGAGCGAGCCUGACCGAGCUUCUGAGUCCACAGAUGGGCAAAGACAUCGUGUGGUUCCUCAGGCGAUGGGCCAAAACGUACCUGCUGGUGGAUGAGAAGCUCUAUGAGCAGAUCAGCAUGCCCCUUAGCACAGCGUUUGGUGUGGACACUGAGGGUGCCCAGUGGAUUGUGGGAUAUCUGCUGGAGAAGGUCAUCAACAACCUGUCUGUGUGGAGUUCAGAGACAGAGCUGGCUAAUGACACCGUGGAGCUGCUGGUGACACUGGUGGAGAAGAGGGAGAGGGCCAACAUUGUGGUUCAGUGUGAGAGCUGGUGGAACCUGGCCAAACAGUUCGCCAGCCGCAGCCCGCCCCUCCACCUGCUGUCCAGCUCUGUGCAGAGGUCCCUGAUGAAAGCUCUGGUCCUGGGGGGCUUCGCCAACAUGGAUUCUGACACCAAGCAGCAGUACUGGGCAGAGGUGCUUCAUCCUCUACAGCAGCGUUUUCUCAACCUCAUCAACCAGGAGAACUUUGCUCAGAUCAGCCAGGAGGAGGCGGUCAAACAGGAGAUUGUGGCCACGUUGGAGGCGCUGUGCGGCAUCGCAGAGGCAACGCAGAUAGACAAUGUGGCGUCGCUCUUCUCUUUCCUCAUGGACUUCCUGUCCAGCUGCAUCGGCCUCAUGGAGGUUUACAGCAACACACCAGAAACAAUCAACCUCAUCAUUGAGGUCUUUGUAGAAGUGGCUCACAAGCAGAUUUGUUACCUGGGAGAGACCAAGUCCAUGAAGCUGUACGAAGUGUGUCUAACGCUGCUGCAGGUUUACUCUAAAAACAACCAGAGCAGAAAGAGGAGCGACGCCACAGCCGAGGAGGACCAGUACCAGGACCUGCUGCUCAUCAUGGAGCUGCUCACCAACCUGCUGUCCAAAGAGUUCAUUGAUUUUAGCGACAACGACGAGGUGUUUCGAAACCAGGAACAGGGAACGCCAGCGUCGAGUCGGACUGUUUCAGCAGCAGAUGUUGUUCUUUAUGGAGUCAAUAUCGUUUUCCCCCUCAUGUCUCAGGACCUGCUGAAGUUCCCCUCCCUGUGUAACCAGUACUACAAGCUCAUCACCUUCAUCUGUGAGAUCUUUCCAGAAAAGAUCCCACAGCUGCCUGAAGACCUCUUCAAGAGCCUGAUGUUUUCUCUGGAGCUGGGAAUGACCUCCAUGAGCUCUGAAAUCAGUCAGCUGUGUUUGGAGGCUCUGUCUCCUCUGGCUGAACAGUGCGCCAAAAACCAGGAGAAGGACUCGCCCCUCUUCAUCGCCACCCGCCACUUCCUGAAGCUGGUGUUUGACAUGCUGGUCCUGCAGAAACACAACACAGAGAUGACUGUAGCCGCAGGAGAAGCUCUCUAUACGCUCGUGUGCCUGCAUCAGCUGGAUAAAGAUGACAUGGUUUACAUGGAGGCCUACGACAAGCUGCUGGAGUCGUGGCUUACACUCGUGCAGGACGAAGAGCACUUUCCCCGCGGCUGCUUCGUGCAGCCAGCGAUCCAGGUGUUCAACUCGUACAUCCAGUGUCACCUGGCUGCUCCUGAUGGUACUCGCAAUCUGUCGGUGAACGGCAUUUCCUCUCACGAUGAAGAGGAGAUCAACGAGCUGCAGGAGGAUGACCGAGAACUGUUCUCAGACCAGCUGUCAAGUAUUGGCAUGCUGGGACGUGUGGCUGCAGAUCACUGUAUCCCACUACUCACAAGCCUGCUGGAGGACCGGGUCAACAGACUGCACGGCCAACUCCAGAGAACCCAGCAGCACCUCAUGGCCUCAUCUGAUCUGAGAUCAGCAGACCACAAAGUCCUAGAUGACCUGUAUGAAGACAUCCACUGGCUUAUACUGGUCUCAGGGUAUCUGCUAGCAGACGAUGCUCAGGGUGAAACCCCCCUGAUCCCCACCGAGGUCAUGGAGUUCUCCAUUAAACACUCGACAGAAGUUGACAUCAACGUCACACUACAGAUCCUGGGCUCGCCGGGGGAAAAGGCCUCGUCCAUACCAGGCUGCAACCGCACUGACUCCGUCAUCAGGUACUGA